CUUUAAAGCAAUUCCUAACUAGCUAGCUAUAUAUCAAAACCUAUAUAAAACUACUCCAUUCUCAUCCUCUUCAUCUCCAUCAGAAAAAUUAACCGUUUUAAGCUUCGAAAAAUGGCUAUGCCUUCAUCCUCUAAAAUCUUCCUCAUUGCCUUUUCCAUAUCUCUACUCUCGUUUUCAUCUUUAGCCCGAGAUUAUUCAAUAGUGGGCUAUUCGCCGGACGAUCUAACCUCCAUGGACAAACUCAUGGAGCUCUUUGAAUCCUGGAUGGACAAACAUGGAAAGAUUUACGAGACCAUCGAAGAGAAAUUGCGUAAAUUUGAUGUUUUCAAGGACAAUCUCAACCACAUUGAUGAAACCAACAAGAGGGUCAGCAAUUACUGGCUUGAAUUGAACGAAUUUGCUGACUUGACCCACGAAGAGUUCAAGAGUAUGUAUCUAGGUCUGAAGCAGGACUUGGCCGGACGGCAGAGGUGGUCUGCAGGCAAUGGAGAUUUCACUUACAGGGAUGUCGUGGAUUUGCCCAAGUCGGUUGAUUGGAGAAAGAAAGGAGCGGUAACUCGCGUGAAGAACCAGGGGUCGUGCGGAAGUUGCUGGGCGUUUUCGACAGUGGCGGCGGUGGAAGGCAUAAACCAGAUUGUCACUGGAAACUUGACGGAGUUGUCGGAACAAGAGCUGAUCGAUUGUGAUACCACGUACAACAAUGGGUGCAAUGGAGGUCUCAUGGAUUAUGCAUUUUCCUUCAUUGUUUCCCGUGGUGGGCUUCACAAGGAGGAAGACUACCCCUAUAUCAUGGAGCAAGGAACAUGUGAGAUGAGAAAGGAUGAAUCUGAGAUGUUCACUAUAAGUGGGUAUAGAGAUGUGCCUGCGAACAAUGAAGCGAGCUUGUUGAAGGCACUGGCAAAUCAACCUGUAAGUGUGGCCAUUGAGGCUUCCGGGAGAGACUUCCAAUUUUACAGUGGGGGUGUGUUUGAUGGGCAUUGUGGAAGUGAACUGGAUCACGGAGUUGCUGCCGUUGGGUAUGGUUCAACCAAGGGUUUGGACUACAUCAUUGUGAAGAAUUCUUGGGGACCCAAAUGGGGAGAGAAGGGUUACAUAAGGAUGAAGAGGAAUACAGGGAAACCUGAAGGUCUAUGUGGUAUCAACAGUAUGGCUUCUUAUCCUAUCAAAAAAAUGUGAACUGAAAUCACAUUCUUGUGAUUGUUACUACCGUUUUAAUGUUCUAAUUUUCGUUUGUACUUUGAAUCCAAGGAUUCUGCCAUAUAUUUCUACUCUUGUUUCUAAUUUCAUUAUAAAUGCAUUAUGAAAUU